AUGCCCCUUAAACCGUCCAUUCGCGAGCCUGCGUAUUCCUUCACAAUACCCUCGCUACACGAUGAUCUCGCUCUGGACUGUCGAAUCUACCACCCCGAGGAGGAGCUCGAGUCGGGAGCAGCACGCAAUGCUGAUGAGGAUGAGAGGCCCCGCAGCAGCAGCAUGAAGAAGGGUGCCGUCUUGGCGCACCCGUAUCCGCCUCUCGGGGGAAGUUACGAUGACCCGGUCAUCUUGUCGUGUGCGAAGACGCUGGUCGGCGAGGGCUACGUCGUGGCGACUUUCAAUUUCAGGUAGGUUGGGGUUUGGGGAAACUAUGGCUUUCUUUCAAUUCAAGCGUUCGUUGGAUAGUUUUUUUUUUUGGCUAGAAAUCGCGCUGAUGGAUGGAACAGAGGCGCUGGCGAUUCCGCCGGCCGCUCGAGCUGGAGCGCGAGACCUGAAGUGGAAGACUAUACUGCUGUAGUCGGCCUGCUCAUUUACUACAUGCAUUGUUUGGGGAGUAGGAGUAACGCGGCCCGAGAGGCUGGGAGUACUACUCCUCCUGACGACGAUGCACGGUCUCAUGGGGUUUCGCCGCCGAUCCAUCUCCUUCUGGGAGGCUACUCCUUCGGCGCGAGCAUCCUCGCACGCCUCCCACCUGUUUCGAAAAUCAUCAAACGCUUCGAGUGGGCUGAGCGCGGCGUCGCUGCUGCGGAAAUUUUCCUGCGGGCGAGGACGCUCGCGCAACAGACCCACGCGCAUAGGGAACAGGGACCGUCUACAUCAUCGAGAGGGCGCGCGCUCACUGCAGACGAGCCUCCCGGCAGCAGUCCGCAGCCUUCCCGAGCGUCACCUGUCACCGUUGGAGGGGAAGAGACGGAUCCCUCGGAGCGUCGAAGGAGUCGAGACGUCAAGCACAGUGCGGACAUGAUCCGCGAGGUGCCGAAGAAGAUCAGAUCGCAUAUCCGAAAGCAUAGCGGCAGCGGCAGCGGCAGUGGAGACAAGAACGGCGAGCUUCCCACUUCCUCAUCAGCAUCAGCAUCGAAUCCUACACAGCCAGCUGUGGACGUGGCGUACCUGGUCAUCUCACCGGUCCUAGUGCCACUGACAACGACACUACUACCUCCCGGUUUCUCCUUCUCAGCUCAUGAGUCCGGCCUCUUUUCCCUUACGCAACCGACUCUGUUAUUGUUCGGUUCGGAAGACGGAUUUACUUCGUCCAAGAAACUCCGUCAGUGGUCUACGAAGUUGUCAAACGACUCCAGCCAUUGUUUUGAAUGGGAGCAGAUAGAUGGCGCAGGCCACUUUUGGCGAGAGCCCGGGGUUAUGAGGACCCUACGGUCUACCAUAGCGACGUGGACGAAGCGGUCGAAAUCAAGACAGAAUCAACAAACUCCACGAAUUAGCGAAAACAACCCAUCAAAAGCCGACAGCAAUACAUCUGAAAGUUUCAGAUGA